UAGAUAUUUUUCUGGGCACAAAUUAAAGCUCAUAACUUUAUCUGACACGUGUCAGUUAAAUAGUGCAAAAAUAAUUUGUCAUCUAGUUCUUGAGCUCUCUUGACACUCCAUAAGUAUCAAACUAGUUUGCCAAGGCACUUUCAAGAACUUCCUUGUCUGUGAAGCUUAAUUGAUUACACAAGAGAAGAAAAACAUUCAUUCUUAGUUAUAAUUUUUAGAGAGUGUGGUAUGGAGUUGAUUCCAGGUCUACCAGAAGAUAUCGGGUUGGAGUGUCUAACCAGGUUAGAUCACAGAAUACAUGGAGUGGCUUCCCAAGUUUGUCAGAGAUGGAGAAAUCUACUCAAGAGUAGAGAGUUUUAUAUCCAUAGGAAACAAGCAGGGAAAACACACCAUCUAGCUUGUUUGAUUCAGUCAUUACCACCAAUUCCAGCGGCCAACUCAGGAGGAGGAGGAGGAGGAGGAGAAGUAAAACAACCAGGUCCAGGUGGUGCACCGUCGUAUGGAAUCACUAUCUAUGAUUCAGCGAGUGGUGAAUGGGAAAGACUUGACCCGGUACCAAAAUACCCUGAUGGGAUUCCAUUGUUUUCGCAAUUAGUGAGUGUUGAAGGUAAACUUUUACUCAUGGGUGGAUGGAAUCCAACUAGUUGGAAUCCGAUUACCGAUUUAUUUAUUUACGAUUUCACAACCCAGAGAUGGAAACAAGGUAAAGAAUUGCCGUCGAAACGAUCUUUUUUUGCUUCGGCCGUCUUAGAUGGGAAAAUAUUUAUAGCCGGUGGACAUGAUGAGAGCAAAAACGCUUUGAAGACUGCUUGGACAUAUGAUCUGAGAAAUGAUGAAUGGAACGAGUUGGCUCAGCUGAGCGAAGAAAGAGAUGAAUGUGAAGGAAUUGUGAUUGGGAAUGAGUUCUGGGUUGUUAGCGGAUAUGGUACUGAGCAUCAAGGAAGAUUUGAAGCAAGUGCUGAAUGUUACCAAUUGGGUACAGGUGAGUGGAAAGGAGUCGAGGAAGCUUGGACGGUUGGGAAAUGUCCGAGAGCUUGUGUUGGUGUUGGGAAGGAUGGGAAGAGUUUAGUCAACUUUAGUGAGUUGGACUCGCUUGUCGGAGUUGGAACUUGUGCAGUUGAGUUGGGGAAUCGGACAAAUCUUGUUACUGGGGUGACAUACCUGGGUGCACCACAAGGCUUCUUUUUAGUUGAAGGCCAAAAUGGCAAGUUGGUUAAGAUUGAUGUUCCUGAAGAGUUUUCUGGUUUUGUUCAGUCUGGUUGUUCAAUAGAGAUUUGAGUUUUUUUUUUUUUUAAAGAAUAAAUAGUUUAUAAACACUGUAAUUGGGGACAAUUGAGAUCCAUUAUAGCACUUUAAUUGUUGAAUUACAGCUCAAAAAAAUCAUUUGUCCUGCUGCUCUGCUAGCCCAGUAAGAGAUAUUGAAGUUUCUUGUUUUGAAGUUUACAUGUGUGCCUAAAAAUGUACUGCAAAAAACUGUAGAAAUGGUAGCAAAAUUGUUGUAGCUUCGAGUUUUGAUUAACUGCUGCCGUUGUAUGGGUUCUAUUCGUA